CUUUUACCUAUCUAGAUUCAAUCUACAAACUUAAUUGGAAUAAAAUUUGAAAAUCUCGUCAUCAGGAAAUUUUAAUGUCAUCUAAUGUCAAAUAAACAUUUUUGUUCAACGUCGAAAGGAAGAUUUUUUUUACCAGAAAUUACUGAUAACCCGAAAGCCUUCCAUGCCAGUAAAGCACCCAUGCAGUUUAAAAAGUAGAAUGUUUAUACACUGGUGGUCACUGGUAGUAUUUGGUAUUAUAUUUUGGUUUCUUCUAUGUGCAUUCGAUUUGCUCGGAGGAAGUCAACAUGGUUAUGUAUACGAUAGUAAAGAUUAUGACCUGCUUUACGAAACUUUCUAUAUGGAAAAAAUAAAAAAAGAUGAAACUAGUAUGCAGUUUAUCCAAAAACUGCAAAAUUUUGGUUUUUCCCUAUUGGUAUGGAAUUCAGUGACGUUUUUAUGUUCCGUACUAUUUUGUUAUGUAGUGAGAAUGUUUUGGUGGGUAUUUGCAAAGUCGUUUUAUUCAAAUAGAAAAACGCAAAUUGUUUCUACAUCACCAUUUUUUUCCAAUAGCGCCCCCGUCCUUUGCCAGAGUAACAGUAAGAUCCCUAUAAAAGUCAAACCUUAUGCUAUUUCAUUUAAAGGAUCUAGUUCCCAAACAAAAUUAUCGAAUUUAAACGUUAAUCGCGAACUCGCAAGUACUCCCAAUGUUAUAGGUGCAAGAACUGUUACUGAUUUUUCAGAAGAUUCAAUAACAAGACCUUCCAAAUGUUUCAGUUUUAUUAAGAGUGGAAAGAUAUUAACUCUGCCUAUGAAAGAGGAAUAUAGAAACAUAGAUAAUUACGUCGAUACAAACGAAUUAAAUAAACUUAGAGAGGAAAUUAUCAUGAUUCAGAAUAAUUCGUUGAACGAACAGUCCGAAAUGUCAAGAAAAAUUAAUGUGCUCAAUAGGGAAAAGAAGGAUUUAAUUAAACAACUGACCACAGCUCAAAGGGAAAAUAAAGCUGCCAAGCAACAGAUUGAAGAACUUGCUCAGGAUAAGAUGAUUUUUAUAAAAAAAUUGGAAACUGUGAACAAGGAAAUCAAAAAUAAUACGAAAUCAAAAAAACUUAACUUAGCAAAAAUGGAAGAACUAUCCAACAAUGCUGACAACCUGAAACUUCAGCUAGAACAAAUGACUAGAGAUAAAGAUAUUUUGGAAAACAAAUUAAAAUUGCUAAAAGAAGAGCAUGAAAGACUUCAAGAGAGAAUAAUUAUAAAUGAUGAUCAUAUUUGCCCAGAAUUUCAGGAAAAUAUGCCUGAAAGAGAUACGGAUACCGUCAUAACGGGGAAUACAUUGAUUGAAAAAGCUAAAUCUAUUUAUGUCAUUAAGAAUUUGGAUGAAUCGCAAACCAUUUCUGGAAAUAACUUUGAUAGGGAGAAAAUUCAAGUGAAAAUUCAACAAUUGGAAAGAAAUCUUAAAAAUUUUAAUUCGAACAAGAAUACUUUAAAUUUUCAUACUACAGAUGAACAAACUGACUCUGAAUUAAGCCUUUGCCUUGACGAAUCAGAUAUUAAAACCAAAGUCAACGAUGAUAACGAUGUAUAUGACUUCGGUUUUUCGAGCAGUACCAGUUUCAAUAGUAGCCCAAGGUUACAAUAUCGGUCAAACAAAAUCAAUCCAUACCUUCCUAGUCUUAGCAAUCAAACAAGCCGGGUUCAUUUGACAGAUAGUAAGCCAGAUUUGCUUGAAGCUGUGGAAGAAAAAGUGGUAUCCAACGAAAGUAAUCAAACACUAACUGAAUUAAUAAAAGGAAAGGUGUUUGAGAUAGAAAAAGAUGAAAAAGAUGAAUACUCUUCUUCGCAAGAAUCUCUCGAUAAUAUCCCCUCAGUGAAGAUGGUCAGUAGUUCUACAGCGUUUCAGAAUUUUUUGAAGAAAUCGAACAAAAAUUUGCAAGACAAAAUUUUGAACUUUACAGAUUAGUUUACUUGAAAAAAUGAUUAUCUAAUAAAUUCUAAAUUCUAACAUUAA